GAUUCGGAGUCCCGGUACCAGCAGGCUCUAGUGUGUUACCAAGAGGGGAUUGAUCUGCUCCUGCAGGUUCGGAAAGGUGGACCUGGACAAGCCCAAGAGCAUCCUGAAAAUGACAACGAAAGGGAAGACUCUGAGGAUGUUUGUCUCUGCGGGGAGGAGCCCCACCGAGGAGGAGAUAGGAAAUCAGGAGCCUGUGGUGGGGAAGCCUGUUCAGUGCCAACUGCAAUGGGCAGACAUUCAUCGUGGGAUCAGACCAGGCUAUCUUCAUGCUUUGGGAGCAGCUCUGCCUGGGAGAUCAAGGAUUUGUUGGUUAGUCAAGACAGGCACCCAAGACCAUACUAAGAGAUGUUAUCUCAGAGAAAAAAUUACUUACUACAUGGAUAGAGCAGAAGACAUAAAGAAAUACUUGGAUCAAGUAAAAGAAGAUGGAAAGUAUCACAAACAAAUUAAGAUAGAAGAGAAUGCAACAGGUUUUGGUUAUGAGUCACUUUUUAAAGAAUACCUUAAUGGGACAGUCACAGAAGUUUGGAUAGAAGAUCCUUAUAUUAGACAAACUCAUCAGCUAUACAAUUUCCUCCGAUUUUGCGAGAUGCUUAUUAAGAAACCAUGUAAAGUAAAAACUGUUCACCUUCUCACCUCUCUGGAUGAAGGGUGUGGGAAAGCACAGCAAAGUAGUGGCCUGGAAGAAAUAAAAGAGUCCCUUAGCAGUCAUGGAGUGGUGUUGGACAUAAAAUAUUCUUCUUCAAUACAUGACCGCGAAAUUAGGUUCAACAAUGGAUGGAUGAUUAAGAUCGGAAGGGGACUUGAUUACUUUAAGAAACCACAGGGUCGUUUUUCCCUUGGAUAUUGUGAUUUUGAUUUAAGACCAUGUCAUGAAACAACAGUGGACAUUUUUCACAACAAGCACACACAGAAAAUAUGAUGGUCAGCCUAAUUCAUAUUAUUUGUAUUUAAAUGCUAUCCUAUUCCAUUUUCUGUUGCUGUAACGGAAUACCACACACUGGCUAAUAUGAAGAAUAGAAGUUGAUUUAGCUCGCAGUUCUGGAAGUCUUAAGAGCACAGCGUUGGCAUCUGGUGCAGGCCUUCUUUCUAUACUGGACGCGACAGACAGCGUCAUGGGAGAGACAGCAAGCUCGCCAGAGGGAGCUCACUUUCAUAACCAAGCCACUCGUGGGAAGCAGAGCCAGUCAUAUUUCAGCAGUUCCACCUCUUAACACUGCUAUGUUGGGGACCAAGUCUCAAAUCAUGAACUUUUGGAGGACACAUUCGAACAAUAGAAGUGACUAUUGGAUUAUUUUUAAAAAUGCAAACAUAUUUUUAUAAUGUAUAAAUCUAACAAUAAACUUUUUACAUUUCUACUAA